AUGUGGAAAUACAUGUGUAUGAUGCUGUGCCUCAGCGCCUGCUGUAGCGCGGGACCGGCGGCCUAUCAGAAGAGGAAUAUGCCCAUAAUGGCGCGCGAGGAUACGCCGUUGGUGGCGGAACAAGAGGAAAUGCCUGAGGAGCCUGAGGCGGUGGCCGCAGCGGAUGUUGCGCCCAUGGUUGGCACUUUAACGCUGCCCAGCAAUGCCACCUCCAUUCGAGCCGACAUUACCGACAACUUCUCGUGCGCCAACAAGUCUUAUGGCUAUUAUGCAGAUGUUGAGAACGACUGUCAGAUUUUCCAUGUGUGUCUGCCUGUGACUUAUGCUGAUGGCAAAGAAAACACCUUUAGGUGGAGCUUCAUUUGCCCCGAGGAAACAGUUUUCAGUCAGGAAUCCUUUACCUGUAUGCGUCGCGAGGACAUGACCAUUGAAUGUGAGGACUCUUCUAGAUACUACGAUCUAAACGGAAACUUUGGUUUGCCAACAGAGGAGGAAAAUAUUAAGCAGCCUGCCAGCAGUAUGGUCGACAAUGAGGAACCACAAAUGCAGAAUUCGAAACCCAUGCAAUCCCAUAGGCCCAUGGAGAGCACAAUGCCCAUUGCUGCUGAGCCCACCAUGGAUCAGGCUAAGCCAGUGAAGGCCCAGAAACCAAAGCCCAAACCUAAUCGCCGCAAGCCAGCUCUCAGCUAUAACAAGCCACAGCCGCAGCGCAAGGCACCUCCAGCUACCGCCAUGCCCAGUGAACCGGUGGAAGAGCCUAUUGCCAUUAUCGCCAAUCCAACUCCCUUAGAGCUAGAGUCAAAGCCACAGAAGCCACAGCGUUUUAGCGAACAGCCGCACAAGGAGAAGCCUCAAGUAAUCAAGGUAGCCGUCACUCCCACACGCACUGAACUCUUCAAUUCCAAUCGCAAGCGCCCUGCCAUCUUUAAUAAGAACAGCGCCCCAAUCGCCCCUAAGCCUGUGGAGGAAAGUGAAACAGUGACCGAAGCUAUUGUGCAAGCGGAGCUCGGUGAGCCACAGCCCACGCUAAAGUUACAGACCAUGUUUAUUCAGCCUGUUGUGGAGGCAACGGAGGCGGAUGUCGCAGCACAGGCCUCGGAGGCUGCUGAGGUCAUAACCUCACCUGAACAGACAGAGGAAGCACUUAAAGUGGAUGAGGCUAGGCCCACAAAGGAUGAAAUUACCACCGAUGUCGAGCAGGUGGCACCAGUCGAGGCUAUAGAAGAGAUACCAGCAGUCAUAGUUGAGACUUUGGAGGAAAAACCAAAAGAGACUGAGAAGGUAGUGGAAUCUGAAAGCAGCAACAGUGAACAGCAGCCAGAGAAGGAACUGAUUACUGUGGCCAAAGCUCCCGCCGAACCAUCAAUAAUAGAGCCCAGUAGUUCUGGCGAGGACGCUUCAAAUAACAUUGAGGCAAUGGAGGCGGCCAAGCCCGCUGAUGCGCCAGAGAGUAUGCAAGCCACGCCUGAGAUGGAACAUCAUAGUCCCUUAGUUGAGGAGGUGCUGGAGAGCAGCAGCAGCCAUGAGGUACAGAAGGAGUCCAUCGGUGGCUUCAAGCCUGUCGAUCCUGUCAUGGCUGCCGAGGCGGAGCAGCUGAUCACCGAUUUUCUGAACACAUUACGAAAGAAUGAAGAGAAGACUGAGACCGAACUGGUCAAUAAUGGCAUGCAUAUGGCUGAAACGAUUAAUGGAGAGACUGAAAAAGAAGAAGAGCUACCGGUAAACGCAUUGAAACACUCAAGUGAGCUCCAAACUGCAGACGAAGCUAUUUCUAUUGAAGAAGCCAAACUGCCAGAGCCUGAAAUAAUCGAGAAGGAGGCUUCGGUGGAGGAGCAGCUACUGGAAUCCGAACAGCCCAAGCAAGAGCAGCAACUGAAAAAGGAUUCGCCCAUCACCAACAUUUUGAUGUUGAAUAGUUUGCCCUCAGACUCGUAUCAAAUACCAGUGCAGGUCAUUGACACGACCAAGGUCGAGGAAGCACCUGAAGAUAAACAGCCCGAGACUGAAGAGAGCAUUGCUACAGCUGCCUAUAUGCCACCGAUCAGCAUUGACGAUAUUGUGGAGCUUGUCAAGGAACGUCUUGACCAAGCGCCCAAGGGCGAGCAGAUGUCACCAAUGGAAUUGGUUCUUACGCCUGGUGCGGCUGCUCCCAUGACGCUAAUCCAAAGCACAAACGAACCGGCUCAAGAGCAGCCCAUAGAACCAGAUCAGAAACCGGAGGCGAAUGCGGAGCUGCCGGCUACACAAGAGGCUGAACAGCAGCCAGAAGAGGAGGUUAUUUUACCCAUCUACAAGCGUGUUUUCUCAGCGGAACCGAGCAUGGCCGUAGUACAGACAGCCCCGGUCACCGCUACCAAGGUGGAGACUGUCGAGCAGGCAGUCCAAACCGAGCCAGAGGAAGUGCGACAGCCCAAAUCGGCACGGGCACACCAAACCUCAACCGCUGGCAGUAAAAUGGAUGCCCGCAAGCGACGUUUCCUUUUCCGUGCCGAUGCCAGCUAA